AUGCCAGGCAGGCACAUCCAUCACCGCCAGGCCCCGCCAGCCCAGGCUCUGGCCACCGGAGGUGGAGGCAGAUCAAAGGGCCUUGAUGGUGAGGCCGACAGCGGGUUGGUCCCACUGACCACACUGACCCCAGCUGGUGGCCCGGGCCUUGGGAAAGGGGACUGUGCGGGAGUCUUUCAUUUGGGGGCUCGUCCGGGAUCGGAGACCCCUACCCAGGGACCACCGACCCACCUGCGGGAGCCCACUUGGGACGAUUGCCAACAGCUACUCCAGAUCCUCUUCACCACUGAAGAGCGAGAAAGGAUUCUCCUGGAGGCCCGCAAGAACGUUCUCGGGGACAACGGGGCCCCUACACAACUCGAGAACCUCAUUAAUGAGGCCUUCCCCCUCAAUCGACCUCAAUGGGAUUACAACACGGCCGAAGGUAGGGAGCGUCUUCUGGUCUACCGCCGGACUCUAGUGGCAGGUCUCAAAGGGGCAGCCCGGCGCCCCACCAAUUUGGCUAAGGUAAGAGAGGUCUUGCAGGGACCGGUAGAACCCCCCUCGGUUUUCUUGGAACGCCUAAUGGAGGCAUAUAGGAGAUACACUCCGUUUGACCCCUCUUCUGAGGGACAGCAGGCGGCAGUUGCCAUGGCCUUUAUCGGCCAGUCAGCCCCAGAUAUCAAGAAAAAGUUACAAAGACUAGAGGGGCUCCAAGACUUUUCCUUACAAGACUUAGUAAAGGAGGCAGAAAAGGUGUACCACAAGAGAGAAACAGAAGAAGAAAGACAGGAAAGAGAAAAAAAAGAGACAGAAGAGAGAGAGAGGCGGCGUGAUAAACGCCAAGAAAAAAAUUUAACUAGGAUUUUGGCCACAGUAGUAAGUGAUAAAAGGUUUACAGAUAAGCAGAAAGGGACCCUGAGCAACCGGGCAAGACCGACACCUAGGGACAAAAGGCCUCCUCUCGACAGGGACCAGUGCGCCUACUGCAAAGAGAAAGGCCACUGGGCAAGGGAAUGCCCCCGAAAAAAGAAAAACGACAAAAAAGCUAGGGUUCUAUCCCUAGACGACUAGGGGAGUCAAGGUUCGGACCCCCUCCCCGAACCUAGGGUAACAUUGACAG